AUGGGAAUCCCCUACAAUUACGAGUUGAAGAAACCGCCAGACAAUCAGGAGGUCGAUAUGAUGCACCCUCAAUCUACUCUCACUGACUCAAAGGAGAUUGAGGUAUAUAGCGUGGAGUCUCAAACGGAUGAUGAGGGAGAGUCACAUUACUUGGAAAAAGACAGGUUUGAAGUGUGGAGGAUAACUACAAUACGGAAUAAGACUAUAUUGAACAAACUACACAGAACCUCUCAAGCCAUAUUAAAAGUACCAUUACACACCUAUGUCAAAAGUCGAGCUAUCGACUAUAAAAUAACACUGGUUGGGAGGCAGCCUAAUGUUUCUAUCCUUUCAUUUACUUCAUUUUCUAAUAUGUUAACCAUACCUGAGGGAUCAAAAAGUUUCGUUAUCUACAGUGAUGCAUCCAAGCAGGGUAUUGGAUGUGUUUUGAUACAACAAGGUAAAGUAGUUGCUUAUGCAUUGAGGAAGUUGAAGCCUCAUGAGCAAAAUUAUCCUACACAUGACCUAGAACUAGCUGCGGUAGUUCAUGCUUUGAAGAUUUGGAGGCACUAUCUUUACGGAGGAAAGUGUGACAUCUAUACAGAUCAUAAGAGUCUUACGUACAUCUUCACUCAGAAAGAGUUGAACAUGAGGCAAAAUAGAUAG